AUGGCGACCACCAGCACACAAACAAAGGACGAGCGCCUGGCGCUGAUCAAAGAGAACCUGGCCGAAGUGCUGAACCAAGAGAUUAUCGAAAAGAUUUUGGAUGAGGGCCGCAACCCAAAGAUUUACUGGGGGACCGCCACCACGGCGCCGCCGCACUGCGGCUACUUCGUACCGGCCAUCAAGAUUGCGCAGCUCCUCGCCGCCGGGUGCGAGAUGACGAUCCUCCUCGCCGAUAUUCACGCCUUCCUCGACAACCUCAAGGCGCCGAUCGAGAUGGUGGAGCAGCGCGCCGAGUACUACCGCUUCAUGAUCACCGCCAUCCUUCAGGCGGUCGGCAUCCGGACGGACAAGCUCAAGUUUGUGCUCGGCAGCUCCUACCAAAAAACACCCGAAUACGUCAUGGACGUGUACCGCAUGGCCUCGGUCGUGUCGGAGCACGACGCCCGCCGCGCCGGCUCGGAGACGGUCAAGCAGUCGGCCAACCCCCCGCUUAGCGGCCUGCUCUACCCCGUCCUGCAGAUCCUCGACGAGCAGUACCUGGACGUCGACGCACAGUUUGGAGGCAUGGACCAAAGGAAACUGUUCAUUGCUGCCAAGGAGUGGCUCCCGAAGCUUGGAUACAGAGAGCGUGCUCACUUGAUGAACCCGCUGGUACCUGGCCUCCAGGGUGCCAAGAUGAGCUCUAGCGACCCCAACAGCAAGAUUGAUCUGCUCGACUCCGAGGACGCCAUCCGCAAGAAGAUUAGCAAGGCUGAGUGCGCUCCCAGGGUGGUCGAGGGCAACGGCGUUCUCGCCUUUACCGAAUACGUGUUGCUCCCUGCUGCCGCCCUCCGGGGCAAGAAGGAGUUCACUGUCCCUCGCCGCGACGACACGCCCCUCAUCUACACUAGCAUCGAGGAGAUGCACGAAGACUUCAAGAACGACAAGCUCACGCCCCAAUCUCUCAAGCCUGCGGUUGCGCAGGCUCUUGUCGACCUGACUGCGCCCAUCCGCUCCGCGUUCGAGAACUCACAAGAGUGGAAAGAUAUCACCCUUAAGGCCUACCCUCCACCCGAGAAGAAGGUGAAGAAGGUCAAGGACAAGGGCACGCGCUUCCCCGGCCGCCCCAAGCCAGCCCCUGCCGCUGACGGCCAGGCUGUGGAUACGAAGAAGGAAGCCGAAGCACCACCUGCUACUGAGCCGACUGCCUAG